AUGUUUUAUUAUACUCCAUAUUUAUUUGCAGGAUUAUUAUAGGCAUUUAUUGCUUCAAAAGUAUAAGAUGUAGAUCCUAAAUUAAAAUUUGUGAGAGAAUAUAUAGAUUUUGGAUAAGAAUUUGGAUGUUUUGCAUUAGAUUGGGGAAGUUAUGAAGGUAAAAUAAGUGAAAAAGAAGCAACAAAUACAGCAGGUAAGCCAUUAGUAGUUGUUUUAAGUGGUUUGACUGCAUCAAGAGUUGAGCCAUAUAUCAAAAAUUUUUUCUCAAAAUUUUGUUAAAAUUAAUCUGAUUGGAGAAUUGUAUUAUAUAAUGAUAGACUAUUUAAUAAUAGAAUCUAUUAGGAUCCAUAAAGAUAGAUUCUCCCAUAAAUAGGAAAUUUUCAUCAUGUAGAGGAUUUUAGAAGAGUUUUGUAAUACAUUGCAAAAUAACAUAAUAAAAGCAUAAUAUAUGCUAUAGGACAUAGUUUUGGUUCCAACACUCUUCUAAAAUAUUUAGGAAUGUGUGGAAGUAAUGGAACUGAUCCAUUAAUUAAAGUUGCUGUAAGUGUAGGAAAUCCUUAUGAUUUUUAAUUGGGUAUGAGAUACUUAGAAGAUAGUUUAUCUGAUUCAUAUAUAAGAAAGCAUAGAUAAAGAAUAGCAUAGGAGUAAUAAUAUUAAUUUAUUAGAAAGAAAGAUUGAUUAAUAUUUACCUAUACCUAAACAUAUAGAUUUAGACAUGAAUAAAGUAUAAUAAGCUAAGACAUCUUUAGAAUUUGAUACCUAUUUUACUAAACCAAUAUUUGGUGCACCUUCUGUUGAUUUCCAUUAUUUAUCAAUCCAAUGUGCUAAUUAUAUGGAAUUCAUUAAAAUCCCUGUAUUUUUAUUAGGUUCUUUUGAUGAUCCAGUAAUUAAUAAUAAAGCUGUCUACCCAAGAGAUGCUAUAUUAAAAAAUCCUAAUCUAAUUUCUUUAAUGACAUAAGUCGGAGGACAUAUAUCUUGGUUUGAAGGAGUACUGCAUCCAAAAAGAUGGUACUAUAAACCUGUUUUAUAAUAUUUGAAUGCGAUUCAUUAAUUGCUUUGA